CGAGGAGGUUUGAUUCUGUCUGGAGUUGCACAGGAUAGCCGUGAUCUUACUGAUCCAAUUAUAGAAGAAAACGUAAGGGAAUAAUGCUGCAAGAAGGAAUUGGCACUCAUCUAGCAUGGAACUAUGUCAUACUGAUACUGCUUCAUAGCAUCAAUUCAAGUUUUACAUCACCAACUGAUCAUGCUUUGGAAAAAAAUGAAGUGGCAGCCAGCAAAUUUAUCACAAAACUGAAAGAUGCAUCUGAAGCUCUUUUAAACUUCUUCAGGCCAGUGACUUGCCGAUACAAAGAAAAGCACUCCUUAGUCCCUUGUCAUGUAGGAGGGAGCAUUAAUGCAACAAAGUGCUUGGAAAAUAGAUGUUGUCCUUCCAAAGGCAGCGAUGAACUGAAAUGUUAUAUCCCAUUGAAAGACAAUCUGCAACUGACAUUUCGACUGUUUCUGCUUGGGGCGGUAGGAUUUUUAAUUUUGGGUUGUCUACCAUUAUUUUGCUGUGCCUGCUUCCAGAGGAGUAAAUGUGUCAAUCCUUUACGAAGAGCCAACAAAAAAAUAGAACAAAUUGUGCGGAACAAGAGAGCAAGUAGUGAAGAAAUGCGUAGCUUGUUACCAAAUUGACUUAAAGACUUUGAGGAUCGUAAAAAUGAGAGAAAGAGGACCAUCCAUGUAAUAAUGUUAAUGAACUCAAGCAGGAGGAAGACACCAGGAUUAUGCGCUAACCAUGAGUAUGCUCUAGAAAAUGAGAUGAUUUGUUUUAGCAUCAAAGUAAUACACUGUUGUCAAACCCUUGAUAAUGUUAUUGAUUUUGCAUUAGAAAUUGUUCAUUUCUGUUUCUUUGUACUCAUUCCAUAUCUCCUUUAUGGGGAGGAAAAAAAAAAAAAAAGGCAAUGCAGAAAGGGAAAAUGUGCUCAUUCCAGCUCCUGAAUGCUAAAACCACUCUAGGUACUAGUAAAGCAUCUUCACAAUUCAGAGGUCAGCCUUUGAGUACUAUCUGAAUUAAGAAGUGAUAGAAGAGGUGGUUGACAUUCAUUAAAUUGGUGCUGAGUGGCAAGCUUACUAUUUUCGGGGAGUGGACACCACUGUAGCACAGCAGUGCUAUUCCUACUGAGACCACAAUUAAUUCUUUACCUGGCUGCAAAGGAUUUAGGAAAUGUAUUGUUGGGCAGUUCCUUUAAAGACAACAUGCUUAGGCAAAGAACUUCAGGAAACUAGUAGCAUUUCUUCUGCUGUUGUUUCUGUUCAUGGUAUAUCACUGCACCAUAGAACUUCCUUAGAUCUUGAGGAGACCUGUCUCCCAAGGCAGGUGAUACCAGAAUGUAAUUUCAUUCAGUUUCCCUGAAGAGUAACGCAGAAUAAGAAAUGAACGUGUAAUAGUUUUGAACAGCAGAGUACAAAGUUAAAAUAGGCACCUAAAAAAAAAAAAAAAAAGUCAGUAGAAAUCAAUUUCCCAAUAGUAAAGCAACCAGUGGCCCUUUUACCUUGUGUCUGUGAAAUACAUGUAGUAGAAUUUCCAAGAAUGGUGGUAAAUGAUUCUUUACUGUUUACCUGAAAAAUAAAGACAAUAGCCUUUAUCAGAAUAGUGAUACUUUGAAAUUGAAUACUCCUCGGAUUACCCAGUUUAUACAUUUUUCUUAGUUUUCCUAGUUCUAAAAAAGACAUCUCUUAAAGCCCAAGUGUAAUAGAGUUGAAGUACAUAUAUGGGCAGUCUCAUGAAACUGACAGAGCAUAAAGCCAUCACAAAAAAUUAGCAUAUGCAGAAGUUUUAAAACUUGAUAUAGCAACCAUUGCCAGUAGCACUGUAUUAGAGAUGGGUGGGAUAUAAUUUUGUAAGAAAAAGAACUGCAGUAUUUUUGAUGUUGAGCAGCAGAAAGAUGGAGACUAGUGUUCAGUUUGCCUUCCAAAUCUGAUCUGUUUACUGCUUCUUGAUGUUAUUUUUAUGUGUUCUGAAAUAUGUCUGCAAACAUUUUGACAAAAGUAGAAACAAUUUCCUGCUUCUUGGAUUUAGGGGCACUGUUGCAACUGUGCAUGCAACAAACACAUACAUUCUCCUGGGUGAAGGUAGUUAUGAGAGAGAGCUGUGCUCCCGAGUAAGUUUGACUUGAUACUUCAUGAUUUUGAUUUGAAGGGUGAUAAAUUCCUUUGUUUACAUGUCAUUGACAGCACAAAUGGUUUCGAUGUCACAGAACAUUCUGACAAAUGGACACGUACUGAUAAAACAAAUGUAUUUAACUGAAAGCAUUCAAUGCAUCUGCAGUAAAUGUAUCCUGCAGAAUAAAAUGAACAUAAACAAAAUAUAUGCACUGUAAGAGUAGGAUACGAGAUGGAAAAGACUUAGCAAUGCUUAUAUUCCCUGUUGGAGUGGUACUUAAGAGCACCUCAUGUGGAAUUGGGUCCUGUCCCUUUCAUAUGUGGCAGUUCCAUUAUAAGGAUGUUCUUAAAAGCUGAGAAGGAUUUUGCUUGGAGGAGGCAAAAACUUUGAUUUUAGAUUGUAAUUUCUAUAUCAGGUGUAAUUUCUAUACCAGUUUGAGAAUUAAUUGAAUUGGCAGAUGUUCUGCAUGGAUAUUGCAGAAUUAACUGCUAUUUCUGCCUAAAAUGGUGUGUGUGUGUGUGUGUUUUUCCAGCCCAGGAAGGCUGGGAAUACUUUAAGGAAGUAAUUUUAAAGGUGCAGGAGCUGACAAUCCCUAAGUCACAGAAGAUGAGCCAACGGGCAAGGAAGCCGGACUGGCUGAACAGAGACCUUUGAUUGGAACUCAAGAGCAAAAGGAAAGUCUGUGGUCUCUGGAAGAGUGGGCAAGCUACUUUUGAUGAUUACAAGUAUGUAUUGAAGCUGUGCAGGAAGAAAAUUAUAAAAGUCAAAGCCCAGCCAGAACUGAGGUAAAGGACAAUAAUAAAUAUUUCUUUAAAUACAUCAGUAGCAAGAGGAGGGCUAGGGAGAAUCUCCAUCCCUUCCUGGAUGUGGAGGGCAACUUGAUGACCAAGGAUCAGGAUAAGGCUGAGGUACUUAAUGCCUUCUUUGCCUCAGCCUUUAGCAGUAAGACUAGCUACUCCCUGGGCACAUAUCUACCAGUGCACGGGGCUAGGGAUGGGGAACAGAAUAGGCCUGCAUGAUCCAUGAUGAGAUGGUUUUGGUCCUGUUCCCAAAGCUGGAUGCUCACAAGUCCAAGGGGCCGGAUGAAUUGCACCCUGGAGCACUGAUUGUAGUUUGGAAAAGUGGCUGGAAAGCUGCCUGAUGGAAAGGGACCUCGGUGUACAGAUGGACAGUUGGCUGAAU